AUGCCGGCCCUUGCGUUUUGUGUUGACGCCGCCAUGGCCGCUCUUUCUCCUCCUUCCGGCUAUACCGCCUGGGAUAGCUCUCUUCCCGCGCCGGAGCCAUUCUCCGGCGUACCUCCAUCGACAAACACCGUUCUGGAUGAUGUAUCUGUAUCAUCCGUCACUCCUUGGACGUCAUCCCACUCUAAUGCUCUCUACAAGGUUGACGCCUGGGGAGCCCCUUACUUCUCCGUCAACACAUCCGGUAACGUCACCGUCCGUCCACACGGUUCCCGAACCAUGGACCACCAGGAGAUAGAUCUCCUCAAGGUCGUGAAGAAGGCCUCCGACUCCAAAUCCAUAGGAGGCCUAGACCUCCCGCUCCCUCUCAUCAUCCGGUUUCCAGAUGUCCUGAAGGACCGCCUUGAAUGUCUUCAAUCGGCGUUCAAUUACGCCGUUAAAUCACAAGGGUACAGCUCUCAUUACCAAGGUGUUUAUCCCGUGAAAUGCAACCAGGACCGAUUCGUCGUCGAGGACAUUGUCAAAUUUGGAUCGUCGUUCAGGUUCGGGUUGGAAGCUGGAUCCAAACCUGAGCUUCUUAUGGCCAUGAGCUGCCUCUGCAAAGGUAGCUCCGAAUCCCUCCUGAUUUGCAAUGGUUUUAAAGACGCGGAAUAUAUCUCGCUAGCUUUGAUAGCUCGAAAGCUUUCAUUAAACACCGUGAUUGUUCUCGAACAAGAGGAAGAGCUGGAUUCUGUAAUUGAUAUAAGCAUAAAGCUAGGCGUUCGUCCCGUCGUCGGGGUCCGUGCUAAGCUGCGGACUAAACAUUCCGGCCAUUUUGGAUCGACUUCCGGCGAAAAGGGUAAAUUUGGUCUCACUACGACGCAAAUUCUCCGUGUUGUGAAAAAGCUUGAACAAUGUGGCAUGUUGGAUUGCUUCCAAUUGCUCCAUUUCCACAUCGGUUCUCAGAUCCCAACGACAUCCUUGCUUGCUGAUGGCGUAGGUGAAGCCGCCCAGAUUUACAGCGAAUUAGUCCGCCUUGGUGCUUCCAUGAAAGUUAUCGACAUAGGUGGUGGGCUUGGGAUCGACUACGAUGGUUCAAAAUCCACUAAUUCUGAUGUCUCCGUUGCUUAUACUUUAGAAGAAUACGCAAUGGCGGUUGUUCAGGCAGUAAAAUUCGUUUGUGACCGGAAUUCCGUGAAGCAUCCUGUGAUUUGCAGCGAAAGCGGCCGUGCCAUCGUCUCCCACCAUUCAAUUCUGAUAUUCGAGGCAGUUUCGUCUAGCAACUAUACAGUUCCAACCAUGUCCUCUCACGACGUCCAGCAUUUCAUCGAGCAGCUCCCUGGGGACGCUCAUUCCGACUACAAUAAUCUGUCCCAGUCUGCUGUGAGAGGCGAGUACGAUGCUUGUUUGGCUUACACCGAUCAACUAAAGCAGACAUGCGUCGAGAAAUUCAAAGAUGGAUUAAUGGACAUCGAACAGUUAGCUGCUAUUGAUGGGUUCUGUGAUUUGGUUGCGAAGGCAAUUGGAGUAUCCAAUCCUGUAAGCACUUAUCAUGUCAAUCUUUCUGUCUUCACUUCAAUUCCUGAUUUCUGGGGCAUCGGACAACUCUUCCCUAUCCUUCCAAUCCACCGACUUUCCGAUUGCCCAUCAAAAAAGGGGAUUCUAUCAGAUCUAACUUGCGACAGUGAUGGAAAGAUUGAUAAAUUCAUCGGAGGUGAAUCCAGCUUACCCCUCCAUGAAUUAGAAGGAGAGAAUGGAAUGAAGUACUAUCUGGGUAUGUUCUUAGGAGGGGCAUACCAGGAGGCUAUGGGGGGUGUCCACAAUCUAUUCGGUGGCCCUAGUGUGAUUCGUGUAUCUCAAAGUGAUGGUCCUUUCGGGUUUGCUGUUACUAGAGCUGUCCCAGGGACCUCUUGCAGUGAUGUUCUUCGUUCAAUGCAUCAUGAACCAGAGAUGAUGUUUGAAACCCUUAAACACAGAAUCGAAGAGUAUGUUCAUGAAGAAGUGGCAAUAAGGGAUACUAUUACUGUUCUGAUGAGGAUUUCACCACCGGAGGUGAGGUGGUUUCCGGUGAGGAUGAUGAUCAGUGGUCAUAUGUGGGUGCGUGAUCGUGAUGGGUGGUGUUUGUCAGUGAGAGGCAUAUUAUAUACAUACAUACACAUGGUCAGGCUUUUUAUGUUUGAUGGAAGAUCUAUGGAAUAAUGGGACAAGAGAGGAAACUUGGAAUGGAGGCCAACAAUGCCUCAUAAUUGGGGAAGACAAGAAGACAAAGGGAGGGGAGUUUGUGUUGAAACUGCGUAUGGAUCAUAUGUUAAGCUACUAUGUUACUUGUAACAUUAAUCCUAAUCGUUUUUUAAACUUUAUAAGCAAAUGAAACGAGGAUUAUAUCAUAAAUCUUGUAUUUGUAUACCAACAAAAAAUCAAUAUUCAUGUUGCUUCUUAAACCUGAUUUCAAUUGAUAAUAGUUUGAGUUCUGUCUUUUUAAUUCAAAAUGUAAGAAUAAUAGUUUGAGG